CCGAUCAUCUCUACACCUCUCUAUUCAGGGACGAGGAAGAGCUAUGCAAGGGAGAAGAAAUUGCCCCUUCCCUAGUCCAGGCCAUCCCCAAUUCCAAGAUCUACAUCCCUAUUUUAACCAAGCAGUACGCUUCCAGCAAAUGGUGUCUUCAAGAAUUGGCUCAAAUGGUGGGGUGCUGGAAGCAAAAGAAGGGACACCUCAUCCUUCCCAUUUUCUAUUUUGUCGACCCUAGAGAUGUGAGGCAUAUCAACAUGGCUCUUAUCAGGAAGCCUUUGUACAGCAUGCCCAGAAACAUAGCCCCGAAACUGUGAACGAAUGGAAGGAAGCACUUCAAGAGGUUGGGCAAAUGAAAGGAUGGCAUGUCACUGAAUCCGACAGUCAGGGAGCUAUAAUACAACAAAUCCUUUCUGAAGUUGAGUUGCAUUUGGGGGGCAUUUACACCUUAGUGACUGAUGAGUUGGUUGGAAUCGAUAGUCACGUGGAAGAAGUGAUGACAUUAUUGAAUUCAUCCUCUUCUAUAGGGAAAGUCGUUGGUAUUCAUGGCAUGGGUGGUUUAGGUAAAACCACUCUAUCUAAAGUUGUUUAUAACAAGAUUUGCACUCAAUUUGAACGUUUUUGUUUCUUGGAAGAUGUACGGGAAACAUUGACAAAUAGUGAAGGAGCUCUUUCUUUACAAAAUAAGCUUAUCUCGAGCAUUUUGAAGAAGGAUAAUCAUCAAGUUAGUAAUGUUAGUGAAGGAAUCAACAUGAUAAAGGAAAGGGUUUGCAAGCACAAGGUGCUUAUUGUUAUUGAUGAUAUAGAUGGUAGGUUUGAAUUUGAUAAGAUUAUAGGAAAUUUAGGUGAUUUUUCUUUUGAUAGCAGAUUUAUGUUUACAACUAGAUAUAAAAGAGCUUUAGAUUUCUUCCCAAAUUGUAAAUUGUAUGAAAUAGGAGAAAUGAGUCAUCCUUUGUCCUUGCAACUGUUUAGCAAACAUGCUUUUGGGAUGGACAGUCCUCCAAUGGAAGAUGUUGCUAUAUCUGAGGAAUUUGUAAAAGUUGCUGCUGGACUUCCUUUAGCUCUUAAAGUGAUAGGAUCACUUUUGUUUCGUAGAGAGAGGAAAUUUUGGGAAGAAAAGCUUAUAGAGUUACAAGGAAUACCUUCUACUACCGAAAAUAAGGUGCAAGAAAGAUUGAAGAUAAGUUACAACGAGUUGUCGCACAAUGAGAAACAAAUCUUCCUUGACAUAGCUUGUUUUUUUGUCGGUACCCACAAAGAUUUAAUCUACUACAUGUGGAGUGGUUGUGAUUUCUAUCCAGAAAGUGGGAUCACCACUCUUAUCCACAUAUCGUUGAUGAAACUUGACGAAGGAAACCAUUUUUGGAUGCACGAUCACAUCAAAGAUCUUGGAAGAGCCAUUGUUAGAGAGGAAGAUAUUCAACAUCCAUACAACCGUAGUAGGAUAUGGUCAACCGACGACGCCCUUGAUAUGUUCAGGAAUGCAAAGGUAAAGAUCUUCGUAGAAGUUCUUAGAGUGGAUGUCAAAUCUAGAGAACAUGAAAAAGAACUUAAAAGCGUGGAUUUUAAGGACUUAUUAGGUUUACGGUACCUGGAGGUGCGAUAUGGAAGCAUAAUGGGGGAUUUCAGCCAGGUUCUUCCAAAUUUAUGUUCCCUUCGAUUGCCACAUUGUGAAUCAAUCCCAUCUGAUAUCUACAUGAAGAAAUUGGUAGUUCUUGAUUUGAAGGAAUGCAAUGUGAAAGAUAAUUGGAGGGGCUGGAACCGAAUAAAGGCAGCAGCGAAGCUGAAAGCUGUAAAUUUACCCCAGUGUUCUCGGCUGAGAAAAGCACCCGACUUGUCCACAUGCACAAGUUUGGAGUUCAUAAAUUUUGGGUCUUGUCGCCAUAUGGAAGGAGAACUGCACAUUGGUACUUUCAAGAAUUUGAAAAGGCUGAGUCUUCGUUGGACCAAUAUAACUGAGUUAAUCAUUAGGGGAAAUGAUAUUGGAAAGUUUCGACGACUAGAGGAGCUGGACUUGACGUCCACCUGUUUGAGAGAAUUGCCUACUGGGAUGGAAAACUUACCCUCUCUCAAAACCCUACUGUUGGAAUCAGGAAAAUCUUGGGAGUUCCUGAUGGAGGAGAUACCCAGGCUCCCGAGGAGUAUAAAGAGGCUAACCAUUUCACCUCCAUCUAGAGUUCCAAAUCUGUUAGAGCUCACGGAGUUGGAGUCUCUAAGCUACCUCAGAGGUAAUAUUCCUUGUAUCCCUCAAGACUUAUGGCUGUUGUGCGAUUAUAUCGAGGUAUUUACUCCGAUGGCUGGAGGCCUUUUGAAUGAGCUCCCCAGCCUAGCAAAUCUACGCAAUCUUACCCAACUCACACUCAUGCAUAUCGGGGUGGUCGAAAUCCUGGGCCUGGGAGAGCUUCGGGUGCUGGAGACACUGGUGAUAUCCUAUUCCCCGAAUCUGAUCAACCUCCACGGACUUGAGAAUCUGAUUUUCCUCAAGAACCUGUACGUGGGAACGUGCUCUGUGUUAGAGAGACUGCCGAGUGUAAUGAAUUUGAUCAAGCUGAAGUUAUUGGUGGUUUACGAGUGCCCGGUUCUUGUAGAAAUUCAAGGUCUGGGUGGCAUUGGGGAGUCUUUAUCCCGUCUGUUAAUCGGAGGAUGUCCUAGCUUGGCAAACUAUGAUGGAUUUCAACUUCUGGGAGCAUUGGAGUAUCUUACUUUUCAGGAACAAUCGUUUUGUCUCCAUGGCAAUGAUUCAUUUCCGGAUCUCUCUGGCCUCUUUAAUCUCAAGCAGUUGAAACUGCGCUGCUGUCUGGAGUUAACAGAGCUUACAGGAUUUGAGAGAUUGAUGUCUCUAGAACGGUUUACUAUGAAAGAAUGCAACUCCAUUCGAAAUCUGCCUGAUCUGUCUGGGCACGGGAAACUCAAAACAUUAAACAUAAGAUUUUGCGACAGCCUGAUUAAUCUCACGGGCAUCGAGAGAUUGGUGUCUUUGCGGGAGAUAGAGAUACAUGAUUGCAAUUUGAUUACGAAGCUGCCAAACUUAUCGGGCUUGAAGAAUUUGGAGCUGUUGAAUCUUAGCAAAUGCACAGCCUUGACUGAGGUCCAGGGGGUGGAGGGAUUGGAGUCAUUAACAAUACUGCAGAUGGGUAAUUGCAGGUCAAUAAAGGCGUUGGGAAACCUGUCUGGUCUCAAGAAAUUGGCGUUACUUGAUAUUGAGGGAUGCACAAAAUUGACCAAGGUGAAUGGGCUUGAGGAGCUGGAUGGGUUACGGUACAUGGAUAUGGGGAAAAGAAUGAGAGUGAAGUACUUGGCGAAGUCGGCUGCGAGAUAUGGCAAGGGACUGCUUUCCGGGUCUCUCAGCAACUGGUGAUGGCGGAAGGACCUCUCUCCCUCCUGUUCUAUUUUGGUAAAGCCAUAUAUGGGUGAGUCCGCUGGAGACUUUGUUCCAAUAUGAUGUGGUGGAUAGGGCUGGAAAUG